AUGAAUGAGAAAAAUAUAAAAGAAAAAUUAAAUGUCUCAAUUAAUCAUUUAAACAAGAGAAAGCUAAAAUUUGAGAUAAAAAUAUUUCCUAUAGAAAAAACAGUUUAUGAGAUAUUUAAUAUUUUUUCAAAAAGGAUGAAGAAGAAAUUAAAACUAACCUUGAUAAAAUUAAAAAGAAAGAAAAAGAAAUGUGAUAAGUGUUCAGAACAAAUCGAUACAUUCAACCCUUUUCUUACGUAUGAUAUAGAUGUCUACUGUUCCAAAUGUUACACGAUAAAGAAUUUUUCAGCAUUCUCAAAUGAAUUAUAUAAAAAUGUUAACUCAGAUGAUUUUUUGAAUUUUUCCCCACUUUAUCAGCAUUAUUAUAAUGUAAAUAACUUAGAAAUACAAAACAAAAAUAUUCUCGAAAAUGAUAUAAACACUCACUUUACAAUUUCGGUAUUAGCAAAAAAUUUAAGAUGGAGUUGCUGUACUCCACAUAACACUUAUGACGAAUUUCUAGAAUUUACAUUGAAUAGUCAAGAAUCGAAAGAAAGAAGUAUUAUGAAUGAAGAUAUACUAAGGAAAAGAAAAGUAAAAGAGGCAUUAUUAACACAUAUUACCAAUGACAAAAAAAAGAAAAAAAGGGUGAUCAAAUAG